AUGCGACUCCGAUGCUCUCAUUGUUACGAGUCAAAAUACAGCCAGUUUACAUCCAUCAGCUACCGAUGGGAUCUUGCCGAUUACAGAGAAGCUACGGCUACAUUCAACGCCUGGGAGGAUGGGAAAUGCACAAAGGUCCCGGUGCCGAUAGUCAGGAAUGGACAGGUCAAGACAAUCAUGAAUACUGAUCUCUUCUUCUUUGAUAAAGCCAACGCUCGCUCUGACGGGGGUCAAUGGGAACCAGAAAAUGUGGCGAAGACAUAUGGCUCUGGUGGGAAGAUGUUAUGUUUGCUCAACAACAAAGAUCGCAGAAUCAUAGACUAUAAUCGCGAGGAUUCCAUUCAUCAAGCUCCUCGCGACCGCGGUUCUUAUACUGACAGCCCCUAUGGCAAACAGGAGCGCGCCUUUGGCUAUUCGCACUUGGAUUCUUCCAAAGUCAGGUUUAUUGGCCCUGAUGGUAGAGAUUUGGGCAAUAUAGAAGUCACGGGUUUGAUAAAGGAGGACCGCAACAUUUACGGCAAACUCGCUGCGUCUGGGAAUAUCCUGCCUGGCUGCAAUAACCCACGUCAGGCUAUGGAGAAGAUCACAGAGAUUACCAACUCUCAGUCCAUCAAACUCGGUAGCACAAGUGGGAAAUACACCUCAGCAUUUCAUGUCCACAUUUCCCAUUUCUAUGCCCAUGCCAGCAAUGCCAGCACCAGCAUCGGACAUUAUGUUAUCAGCCACGAUGGCACAAAGAAGAAUUGA